AUGUUCGAAGUAAUAUCGAGUGUCCUUUCUUCGAUUGUGUCUAUUAUCAUUCCACUUCAUGUUACUCUUGAAACAGUGUAUCUCUCGAAGGAUUCUAAUGCGAUGUCAUCAUUUGUUAAAUCUACAUCUAUGUUACAGCCGCAAACUGAGCAAGGUGAAUUAACUACAUUGCUUUUAAAAUACUGGGCAUUGCAUGCCAUAUUGUAUUUGUUGAUACCACAGACACCUAUACAAUUCCUAGUAGGAAUUUUACCAUUUUCUGAGUUUAUCAUUUUUAUUUACAACAUAUUAGCCACAGUUGAACUAUUAGCUAAAUUUACCAUAUUUAUAAACGAACAACAACAAUUCUUAUCGAAUUUCCUUAAAUUCGUAAAUAAUAUCAAUGACCCUAAGAAAUCAAAAUUGGAACAAUUUACAAGAUUAUAUCAAAGUAGUUUUACAAAUUAUUAUAAUCAAAAAUAUCAUACAGAUAUUAGGGAUCAAAAUUUGGUAGAUAGUUUUCUGUUUGGAACGUACACAGAUUCGGUCAUUGCCUUAUGCAAGAGAUAUGCAAAAUUUGCACCACAGACGAAAAUAAUACCAACUUACUUUGAUUUUAUUGUCGUAAACAUAAUAAAUUUUAAAAAUUUCGUUUUAUCUUAUUAUAAUUUUGCAGAAGAGCAUUCCAAUAUAAACACUGGAAACAGUAAUGAUACAACAAGUGGAUCAACAACAUCUGAAACAGAAAAUACAAGCGGUAGUAGUUCAGGAGCAAGUUUCCAUCCGGGAUCUUUUGAAAAUCCAAAUAGACGCAGUAAUAAAACCCCAUAUGAGGAUUAUAAUAUUAUAAACGAGCUAUUGAAUGAGGCCAAAAAACUGUUUAAUCCACCAAGGGAACCACCAAAUUCAGAGACGGACGAUGACCUAGGUGGGCCAAAUAUGCCUAGUUUAGAUUAG